AUAGGAAAAAAAAAAAGGAUAAGGCUAAAUGGCGACAUUGUCUGUGACUAUUAAUAGUUCACUGCUACUUGGAUAUUAUAACGAUCAAAUACUUUAGGAAGUUUAUAAUAUCAUGAAUUUCAGCUAAUUUUAAUUUCUUAAAUCAUAACUAUUGAUCUAUAUGAACUUCGACAUGUCUGGAAAAACUACAAGGAGAAAGGAUGAUUCAGCCAAUAACCCAGGAAAACCGUGGAUUUUGGGUCAAUUUGGAAACAACGUGGCAACGACAACAACAGUGAUUCAACAACAGCUCCCCCUGCUUACUACCGCUUCCAGUCCACCUCCUUACAAAGGGUCUGGAAGUCUUCACAUCCUUCCGCCCAUGGUUGUGCCACCUCUGUCCCCUAACCCAGGUCAGACGUUAGAUCCUAAUUGGCAAGCAGCCAAAGCAACAGUACGUGAGAGAAAUGCUGCUAUGUUUAAUAAUGAAUUGAUGAGUGACGUACAGUUUAUUGUAGGCCCGAAAGGCUCAACUCAACGAAUACCAGCACACAAGUACAUCUUAGCAACUGGAAGUUCAGUGUUUUAUGCAAUGUUUUAUGGGGGUCUUGCAGAGGACAAAAGUGAGAUUGAAAUCCCUGAUGUAGAACCUGCUGCCUUUCUAACUCUUCUACGGUACUUGUAUUAUGACGACAUAAACCUGGAAGCAGAUACAGUGCUGGCUACUCUGUAUGCUGCCAAAAAGUACCUAGUCCCCCAUCUAGCCAGAGCAUGUGUUUCCUACUUGGAAACUAGCCUUACUGCCAAGAAUGCCUGUGUCUUAUUGAGCCAGAGUCAGCUAUUUGAAGAACCUGACCUGAUGCAGAGAUGCUGGGAAGUGAUUGAUGCUCAAGCAGAGUUGGCUGUAACUUCAGAAGGGUUUGGAGACAUUGAUUACAGCACCCUUGAAACUAUUCUCUCUAGGGAGACCUUGAAUGUAAAAGAAACAAUUCUGUUCCAAGCUGUAAUGAACUGGGCAACUGCAGAGUGUUUACGGAGAGACAUAGAACCAAUUCCUGAAAACAAGAGAAAAGUAUUGGGAAAAGCUCUGUAUUUAAUUCGCAUCCCAGGAAUGGCUCUAGAAGAAUUUGCUAAUGGGCCUGCUCAGUCCAGGAUAUUAACUUUACAGGAAACCACUGAUAUUUUUCUUCACUUUACAGCCAGUAACAAGCCUAUUUUGGACUUUCCUACCUUUCCAAGGACAGGACUCAAAUCACAGAUCUGUCAUCGGUUCCAGUCUUCGGCUUAUAGAAGCAACCAGUGGAGGUACCGUGGACGUUGUGACAGCAUUCAGUUCUGUGUUGAUAAACGCAUUUUUAUUGUUGGCUUUGGAUUGUAUGGAUCAAGUAAUGGUGCUUCUGAUUAUACAGUAAAAAUAGAGCUAAAAAGGAUGGGUAAAGUUUUAGCUGAAAAUGAUACCAAGUUCUUCUCUGAUGGUUCUAGCAAUACAUUUCAUGUUUACUUUCAACAUCCGAUUCAAAUUGAAUCAGAUACCUUCUAUACUGCAUCUGCAAUCUUGGAUGGAGCAGAGCUGAGUUACUUUGGUCAAGAAGGUUUAAGUGAGGUCACAGUGGGGAAUGUUACAUUUCAGUUUCAGUGUUCUUCAGACAGCACAAAUGGAACUGGUGUGCAAGGUGGUCAGAUACCAGAACUAAUCUUUUAUGGGACAUCCACCCAUUCUUGAAAUGAUCGCUGUAAUAGUGUGGUCAGUUAGUUGUACACAAUAAGUAAUUAAUACAUAUAUACCCUGUAAGUGACUCUUAACAAAAUAAAUGUAUCCUUAUAAUAUAACAAGUUACUGAAAACUAUGCAGUAUUCAUUAUAAGGUGGAUUAUAAUGUAACUUACAUUGCAUAUAAGGCUUACACAAUAGACAGUAGCACCAUUGCUAGAGCUGACAGUCUUUUUUUUUGAAUUUCUAAUGCCUUUAUGCUGCUGUGUUAUAAAACUAUUAAAGAAUCAUUUAUGAAGCUUUUUCCCACUGCUCUGUGUAUGUUAACAUAAAUGACAGUAUCUAAUUUUGAUCAUUUCAUGAGUAAAGCACACCACCUACUGGUGGUGAUUAGAUGUGGACAUGUGUUGCGAGGACAGAAAUUCUCAUGCUCGACCUGUACAUUUAAUACCAGUAGGAGUAAAAAUCUUUAUCUUAAAUUAAUUAUAUCUUGGUGUAAAUGUUUUAAGUGAAAUAAAAUCAGCACCAUAAUUA